AUGGGGAACCCAAUAUUUUCCCAGGCCAACAUUAACGGGGUCUUCAUCCCCUCUGCCCUCUUGAUUGUUGGAAUCGGCAUUGUUAAGACCGAAUGGCUCCCUUAUGCCGUUGUCAUUGCUGCGGUCUUAGGAGGCACCAAGAUCGCUUUACGUGGACAAUCGAGAAAAGUCUUGAAGCCCGAUAGAUUCCAAGAAUUUCCUCUCACUCAAAUCACCAAAACCUCGCACAAUGUCGCAAUUUAUCGCUUUGGCCUCCCUCGACCGGAUGACGUCCUCGGCCUGCCGAUUGGACAACAUAUGUCUCUGGCAGCAACCCCCAAGGGUGCAGAUAAAGAGGUGGUUCGAUCAUACACCCCAAUUUCUUCAGAUGAAGACAAGGGAUUCUUCGAUCUUAUGAUCAAGGCUUACCCUCAAGGCAACAUCAGUGCGCACAUGACCACCUUGAAAGUUGGAGAUACCAUGAAAGUUCGUGGUCCCAAAGGAGCUAUGGUUUAUACCCCCAACCUUUGCAGGCGCAUCGGGAUGAUUGCUGGUGGAACAGGAAUCACACCCAUGCUUCAGAUCAUCCGCGCAAUCAAUCGGGGACGACCGAAGAGUGGUGGAAAGGAUACCACCAAGGUCGACUUGAUUUUCGCCAAUGUCAACCCGGAAGAUAUCCUAUUGAAAGACCAACUCGAUGCUCUGGAUAAGGAGGACUCUGAUUUCAGUGUGUACUAUGUCCUGAACAAUCCACCUGAGAAAUGGGAUGGUGGAGUGGGGUUCGUGACCGCCGACAUAAUCAAGUCCAAACUGCCACCUCCGGGACCCGACAUAAAGAUCCUCAUCUGCGGUCCUCCGCCUAUGGUUAGUGCGAUGAAGAAAGCGACAGAGAGUCUCGGAUACCAAAAAGCUCGGCCAGUGAGUAAACUGGAAGACCAGGUUUUCUGCUUCUAG